AUGGCGACGUCUCAUUUGUUAAAGAAUAAGGGGUCUUUACAGUUUGAGGAUAAAUGGGAGUUGAUGCGCCCCAUUGUGCUUAAACUGCUCAGACAGGAGUCGGUCACAAAACAGCAGUGGUUUGACUUGUUUUCGGAUGUUCACGCUGUCUGCUUGUGGGAUGACAAAGGACCUGCAAAGAUUCACCAAGCCCUUAAAGAAGACAUACUAGACUUCAUCAAACAAGCACAAGCUCGAGUUUUAAGCCAUCAGGAUGACACAGCGCUUCUUAAAGCCUACAUUGUGGAGUGGAGAAAGUUUUUUACUCAAUGUGACAUCCUGCCGAAGCCUUUCUGUCAACUAGAGAUCACACUAAUGGGAAAACAGGGCAGUAACAACAAGAAAUCUAACAUGGAGGACAGUAUAGUUCGCAAGCUAAUGUUGGACACGUGGAACGAAUCAAUAUUUUCAAACAUUAAGAGUCGUCUGCAGGACAGUGCCAUGAAACUGGUGCACGCUGAAAGGUUGGGCGAAGCCUUUGACUCGCAGCUGGUUAUAGGAGUCCGUGAAUCAUAUGUCAAUCUAUGUUCGAAUCCAGAGGACAAGCUGCAGAUUUACAGAGAUAAUUUUGAAAAGGCCUAUCUGGAUUCAACAGAGAGGUUUUACCGCACACAAGCCCCAUCUUACCUACAGCAAAAUGGCGUCCAAAAUUACAUGAAAUAUGCCGAUGCAAAGCUAAGAGAAGAGGAAAAGAGAGCACUUCGAUAUCUAGAGACGAGGCGUGAAUGUAACUCUGUUCAAGCACUUAUGGAAUGUUGUGUGAAUGCACUCGUAACUUUGUUCAAAGAGACAAUCCUUGCUGACUGUCCUGCAAUGAUAAAGCACAAUGAAACAGACAAGCUGCAACUUAUGUUUUCUUUAAUGGACAAAGUUCCCAAUGGUAUUGAGCCCAUGCUGAAGGAUCUUGAAGAGCACAUCAUCAGUGCUGGUUUAGCUGACAUGGUUGCUGCUGCUGAGACCAUCACUACUGACUCUGAGAAAUAUGUUGAGCAACUGCUGACUUUAUUUAAUUGCUUUAGUAAACUAGUUAAGGAAGCUUUUCAGGAUGACCCCCGCUUUCUCACAGCCAGAGAUAAGGCUUACAAAGCUGUCGUCAAUGAUGCAACAAUCUUCAAACUGGAACUGCCACUGAAACAGAAAGGUGUUGGAACAAAGACACAACCAGAAUCCAAGUGCCCUGAACUGUUGGCAAACUACUGUGACAUGCUUUUGAGGAAAACACCACUGAGCAAGAAGCUCACCUCGGAGGAGAUUGAGCUUAAACUCAAGGAAGUGUUAUUGGUCUUAAAGUAUGUCCAGAAUAAAGACGUGUUCAUGCGGUACCACAAAGCUCACCUCACAAGGCGUCUGAUCCUUGACAUUUCUGCUGAUAGUGAAAUAGAAGAAAACAUGGUGGAGUGGCUGAGGGAAGUCGGCAUGCCUGCUGAUUACGUCAACAAACUAGCCCGAAUGUUUCAGGAUAUUAAAGUUUCGGAAGAUCUGAACCAGGUCUUCAAAGAAGUGCACAAGCACAACAAGCUGGCUCUGCCAGCGGACAGUGUGAACAUUAAGAUCCUGAAUGCUGGUGCCUGGUCACGCAGCAGUGAGAAGGUUUUUGUAUCGUUACCGACUGAGCUGGAAGACCUGAUUCCUGAAGUGGAGGAUUUCUACAAAAAGAACCACAGCGGUCGCAAACUCCACUGGCAUCACCUCAUGUCUAAUGGCAUUAUCACUUUUAAGAAUGAAGUAGGUCAGUACGAUUUGGAGGUGACUACAUUUCAGCUGGCAGUGUUGUUUGCCUGGAACCAGCGACCAAAAGAGAGAAUCAGCUUUGAGAAUUUGAAACUGGCCACAGAGCUCCCCGAUGCAGAGCUGCGCCGCACACUUUGGUCCCUGGUUUCUUUCCCUAAACUGAAGAGACAAGUACUGUCUUAUGAUCCUUCUGUUAACUCUCCCAAAGACUUCACUGACGCCACUAUAUUUUAUGUCAACCAAGAUUUCUCUCUCAUAAAAAACAACAAAGUCCAGAAGCGUGGGAAAAUAAAUCUUAUUGGUCGGUUGCAACUCACAACAGAGAGAAUGAGAGAGGAAGAGAAUGAGGGAAUUGUCCAGCUCAGGAUCCUAAGAACUCAGGAGGCCAUUAUUCAAAUCAUGAAGAUGAGGAAGAGAAUCAGUAAUGCACAGCUGCAGACAGAGCUGGUGGAGAUCCUGAAGAACAUGUUUCUACCUCAAAAGAAGAUGAUCAAGGAGCAGAUAGAAUGGCUUAUUGAACACAAGUACAUAAAAAGAGACGAGACUGACCUUAACACCUUCAUUUACAUGGCCUGA